UUUUUGUGGUCAUGCGUUGAUCAGUUUUAUCGACGGGACGACGGCGACGACGAGACGGUGCACCGUGCGUGUCUGUCCAUGGCCGGCGUGCAGCUCGGCCCCGGCAUACUCGUGUGCCUCCUUUUCUUGGUUACGUGUUUGGUCGCCGCUGUUUGGAGCUACUUGAGGCCGUCCGGCGGUGCGGACGGUGGCCGUGCUGCAGUGAUCCCGUCGCCUCCGGCGUUGCCAUUCAUCGGCAACCUUCACCAGCUCGGCAAGGGGCGGCACCACCGGACGCUGCACGAGCUCGCGCGGCGCCACGGCCCGCUGUUCCAGCUCCGGCUCGGCUCCGUGCGCGCGCUCGUAGUCUCCUCGGCGCCCGUGGCGGAGGCCGUGCUCAGGAACAAGGACCACGUGUUCUGCGGCCGGCCGCAGCAGCGCACGGCGAGGGGCACGCUGUACGACUGCCGCGACGUCGCGUUCAGCCCCUACGGCGAGCGGUGGCGCCGGCUCCGCCGCAUCGCCGUCGUGCACCUCCUCAGCGCGAGGCGGGUUGACUCGUUCCGCGCGCUCCGGGAGGAGGAGGUCGCGUCGUUCGUGGGACGGAUCCGCGCGGCGAGCGGCGGCGUCGUCAACGUGACCGAGCUCGUCGUCGGCCUGACCAACACCGUCGUGUCUAGGGCGGCGUUCGGGAAGAAGCUCGGCGGCCUGGAUCCGGCGAAGGUCCGGGAGACGGUGGGGGAGCUCGCCAACCUGCUCGAGACAAUCGCCGUGAGCGACGUGUUCCCGCGGCUCCGCUGGGUAGACUGGGCUUCGGGGCUCGACGCGAGGAUGAAGAGGACAGCGGCCAAGCUCGACGAGGUUCUGGAGAUGGCGCUCCGUGACCACGAGCAGAGCCUCGGAAACGACGACGGCGAGGCCCGUGACCUCAUGGACGACUUGCUCCACAUCGUCAACGACGACGGCGGCGGCGGCGGCGGGCAUGGCUACAAGCUCGACAUGAUCGAUGUCAAAGGAUUCAUCUUGGAUAUGUUCGUAGCAGGCACGGACACAAUCUACAAAUCGAUAGAAUGGACAAUGGCCGAGCUCAUCAAGAACCCGUCAGAAAUGGCCAAAGUGCAAGCAGAGGUGAGACAUGUCGCACGCACGCACGGAGUAGGAGGAGACAACGCCGUCGCCGUCGUUCAUGAGGAGCAGCUGGGGAAGAUGGCUCUUCUCCGGGCGGCCAUGAAGGAGGCGAUGCGCCUCCACCCGCCGGUGCCGCUGCUCAUCCCGCGCGAAUCGGUCCAGGACACGGAGCUCCACGGCUACCACAUCCCGGCGAAGACGCGCGUCAUGAUCAACGCGUGGGCGAUCGGGAGGGACGAGGCGGCGUGGGAGAACGCCGGCGAGUUCCGCCCCGAGAGGUUCGUCAGCGGCGGCGGCGGCGACGGCGCCGGCGUCGACUACCAAGGCGGCAAGGACCACUGCGACUUCCGGUUCAUACCGUUCGGCGCCGGCAGGAGGGGCUGCCCCGGCGUCGCGUUCGGCACGCGGCUCGCCGAGCUCGUGCUCGCCAACAUCGUGUGCCAUUUUGACUGGGAGCUCGCCGAUGGGCAGGACGUGGGCACGUUUGAGGUCGUCGAGUCGAGCGGGCUGUCGCCUGGUCUCGUCAAUCCCUUGGUCCUCGCCGCGAAACCUUUGUAAAACGUAAACAAGGACUAUUACUCUUUGCAGGGGAUUUUAUAACGUUUGCGAAGUAUUCGGUGGCUCUUUGGAUCUAUGGACUUUCUUAUAGUCCUGGAUCUAGGGUUGUCACAUCAGAUGUUUUGACGUUAAUUAAUAGUAUUAAAUAUAGA